CUUACAUCAAGCUUGCUGUUGCUUAUGGCGCCUUCCCGGGGCUGAUCUUGCCCCUUUUGAUGGCUCUACUCUAACUUCCUUGCAUCGCUGACAAGUUCACUAACUCAGGCGAGCAAUAUGAGUGAGCUAGCUGCCCUGAAGUCUUUGUCAAAAGCAAGGGAAAGCGAGGAAAAAAGGUUACAGGAGCGAAGACGCAACGUGCUGGUUCUCAUUCUUCGGCAUUUGGCGGACCAUGGCUACGUCGACACGUAUGAAAAGUUGUGCACGGAGACAAACUUAAGCCUGCAGAAGGUGGACGUUGCCGAUAACAUAGACCUUGUACGUAUCCUGCAAGAGUUUGAAGAGUCGUAUGAACUCAAAUUCGGCAAGCGCCCGAAGGUGGUUCGCCGCCUUGUCGAGGAGGUGCCCUCUGGUGGCGGCGGAGUGCGGCCGCGGCUCACCUCGGGCGGCCGGGUGGCGGCGGGCGCGGCAGCAGCGGGGGCGGGGGCGGGCAGCGGCGGCGGGGGGCUGGGGGCUGCGGGGGCGGCAGCGGGGGUAGGAGCAGCAGGCGGCUUCGAGGGCCCCCCGGUGAGCGGCGCACUGGCAGCCCGGCAGCGGCGUGAGGCGGGGGCAGCUGCUGCGGCUGCGGAGGCGGGCAGGCGGGCGGAGCUGCUGGAGAGGAGGCAGGCGGCCAUGAACAGUGUAAAGCCCCCGCCCGAGGUGGGCGCCCAGCGAGUGGCGGGGGUGGCGGUGGAC